CAAGGACCUUCUACCACGGGUCCACGACGAUACCACCCACCACACGCCGGUACGCCGAGUACUGCGAAACCUCUUAUGCCGCCACGCAUGCGGAGCGUUAGAUGCCUGCAAGCGGUGGUCUCGCCAUGCAGUAGCGGGAGACCAGCUGGGAGGUGGAGCCGACAGUCUCUUCUAAUUGCGCCGCAUCGGCCUUCUGCCGCCCCUGCUCGAAGACUGACGACAACCGGAGGAGCGGCAGGAGCACCCCCGCGAGGCUACUCCCGCCACCGUCAUCCAAGAAACCCUGUCCCUGGGAAGGAUGACUUGCCAACGAUUCUCACUGCAGCGGGAAUGGUGAAGCUGUGCGGCCUGCCGGGGAACAGAGGAUCGCCGCUGGUUGGAUUGGACGUUGCACCCAGCAACUUUGGGGUGGCUGUCUCGGACGAGACGAAAACACUCGCGUUUCCGCUCACAAGGGUGCCACGAAGACAGUCAACAAAAAAAUUGGACCCGGCCUUGGUGAUCGGCAAGCUACGGGAAAUUGUUGAGGAUUGCUCUGCUUGCGGAUUGGUGGUGGGCUGGCCGUUGUCGAAGUCCGGCCGUGCUGAGGGACAAUGCCUGAUGGUGCUUCAGUUUCUGCGGCAGCUGCACCUGAGGGGGAAGGUGGAUAUCCCGGUAACGUUGUUCGACGAGCGCAUGACGUCAGUGGAGGCCCGAGGCAUCCUCAAGGACGACGGUUUAGGCCGCAAGAUAGCGGAGCGGGAGGACGAAACGGCAGCGAUGGUCAUCCUUCAGGGGUUUCUCGAUAGUGCGGAGGCGGUACACGGCGGGCUGUCGACCUUGCCCACCGGGUCUGGUCGUGGAGACCGAUGACAAUAGACGUCAGGCGCUGCUAUCGUG